AUGUCCACAAACCUCAUCACUGUCUUCGGGGCCACUGGAUCUCAGGGUGGCAGCUUGAUCAACUCUAUUCUAAAGAACAAGAGAGGCACCUUCACUCUUCGCGGCAUCACUCGCGAUGUGCGGUCAAGCAGCUCUACGGCCCUGGCAGCUCGAGGUGUGGAGAUGAGGCAGGCCAACUGUUUUAGAAAAGACGAAGUUGUUGAGGCGCUCAAGGGAAGUUGGGGUGUGUUUGCCAACACCAACUCUGAAGAUCCUGCUGUUACGGACGUCGAUGGCCCUUCCGACACUGAUGUGGGAAAGAUCAUCGUCGACGCCGCAGUAGAGGCCGGCGUGAAACAUUUUGUCUAUAGUGGUUUGCCGUCCAGCUCCAAGAUUACAAACGGCUCUGUUUCCAGCCAGAUAUUCGAAGAAAAAUAUCUUGUAGGUGAAUAUGCCAAGUCUAAGAACUUCGACUCCGUUACCAUCGUCAGUGCUGGCUGGUAUAUGGAGAACCUGAUGCGCGACGGCAUGGCUCGUAUUGUCGGUGGAUUCGCGUUGUACCCCGACGAGGAGGGAUAUCUUACCUUCCAAUGCCCGCGAUGGGGAGGCAACGAAGAAAUUCCCUUUGUAGCUAUUGCAGACGAUUACGGCGAUUUCGUGCACGGCGUGUUUCUCGACCCUCACAAGUACCAUCAGAAGUUUAUCCAGGGUUUCAUGACUGGGAAGAAGAGCCGUUACGUUGUCGUCGAAGACUGGACAACAUUUCACACCAGUGGGGACCAAACCGCCCAGGCAGUCAAGAACAUGUUUGGAUUUUGCCAGCUCUCAGGUGGCUUGUACUACGGGACGCCUAACGAUCUGACCAUGGCAAGGGAGCUCAAGGCUGCGGUAGCUGAAGCCCAGGGGGAAGCUUCUUCAGAACUCAUGUCGCUGGAGCGCUUUAUUGGCAGGAGUUUUUCAACCUGA